GCAGAGGCAACACAAGCUGAAGCAGUGAGAGGACUGCGACCCGGAGCGUUCUCUGCAACAAGUUACCUUUUGAGGGGAGAAAAUGGGCUUUCUGACGAUAUUCAGCUGUCGUCGGAUUGUUCUCAAAGUCUUUUUGGUUCACUUCAUAACUUUUCAAGCAACAAAUGCUCGUCCUUCUCCUAUUAUCAGGUUUCCUGGAGACGACACUACUCCUAAAACAGACAAAGAAGUUGCUCUGCACUAUCUGAAUAAGUUUUAUGGAUGCCCACAAGACAGAUGUAACCUCAUGGUGCUCAAGGACACUUUGAAGAAAAUGCAGAAGUUUUUCGCCUUGCAAGAAACUGGCGAGAUUGAUGCCAAAACUGUGGAUAUCAUGAAAAAGCCCCGCUGUGGCGUUCCAGAUGUGGCCAAUUACAACUUCUUCCAUAGGAAGCCCCAGUGGCAGAAGAACGACAUCACCUACAGAAUCCUGGGUUACUCUCCAGAUCUGGACGAGGAGGUCAUAAACGACGCCUUCUUCAGAGCCUUCAAAGUUUGGAGCGAUGUCACGCCUCUAUCUUUCAACCGCAUCAUGGACGGAGAGGCCGACAUCAUGAUUAAUUUUGGCCGUAAUGAACAUGGAGAUGGGUACCCCUUUGAUGGCAAGGACGGCCUCUUGGCUCAUGCUUUUGCCCCUGGGCCUGGAAUUGGAGGAGACUCCCACUUUGAUGAUGAUGAGCAGUGGACACUGGGAGAAGGCCAAGUGGUGAAGGUGAAAUUCGGAAACGCCGAUGGAGAGUUCUGUAAAUUCCCCUUCUCCUUCAUGGGCACCGAAUACAACAGCUGCACCUCUCAGGGUCGUGACGACGGCUUCCUGUGGUGCUCCACCACUUACAAUUUUGACGAGGACGGCAAAUACGGCUUCUGCCCUCACGAGUUGCUGUUCACUCUGGGAGGAAACGCAGAGGGCGCGCCGUGUAAAUUCCCCUUCACUUUCCAAGGGGAGAAGUAUGACAGUUGCACCACUCAGGGCAGGGACGACGGUUACCGCUGGUGCGCCACCACCGAAGACUAUGACCGGGACACGUCGUACGGCUUCUGCCCGGAAACCGCGAUGUCCACGGUGGGAGGAAAUGCAGAGGGCGCGCCGUGCGUCUUUCCUUUCACCUUUCUGGGAGACACGUAUGACUCUUGUACCUCUUCUGGCCGCAGUGAUGGCAAGAUGUGGUGCGCUACCACCAAGAGCUACGACGAUGACCGCAAAUGGGGCUUCUGUCCUGACCAAGGCUACAGUUUGUUCCUGGUGGCGGCCCAUGAGUUCGGUCAUGCCCUCGGUCUGGAGCAUUCUCAGGACCCCGGGGCUUUAAUGGCCCCCAUUUACACUUUCACCAAAGACUUCAGACUUUCUCACGAUGAUAUCAAAGGCAUCCAGGAGCUCUAUGGCGUGCCGACAGACAAGCCCCUGCCUCCGACACAGGGCCCCGUCACCCCAAUGGACAUCUGCCAAGAGCCAGUCGUCUUCGAUGCUAUAGCACAGAUCCGAGGAGAGACCUUCUUCUUCAAAGACAGGUUCCUGUUCAGGUCGGUGAACUUCAGAAGCAAGCCCAGUGGCCCCAUGCUCGUGGCCACAUACUGGCCCGACCUGCCUGCCAAGAUAGAUGCCGCCUACGAAAACCCAGUGGAGGAAAAAACAGUCUUCUUCUCAGGCAAUGAGGUGUACGUUUAUAAAGCUGAUGAGCUGGAGAAAGGCUAUCCGAAGAGGCUCUCCAGUUUGGACCUCCCCGCCGAUGUGCAGCAGAUUGACGCUGCCUUCAACUUCAGGAAGAACCGGAAGACUUACCUCUUUUCUGGGGACAAAUUCUGGAGAUACGAUGAAGAGACGAAGAGUAUGGACUCUGGAUUCCCCAAACUCAUCGCUGAAUCCUGGAAUGGCAUUCCAGAUGGCCUCGACUCAGCCUUCAGUCUUAAUGGCAUUGAUUACAGCUACUUCUUCAAAGGCAGCCACUAUUUCAAACUAGAAGACAGCAGCUUGAAGAUCGUCAAGCUCGGCGAAAUCACAAAGGACUGGCUGGGCUGUUGAGCGCCGCCAAAGCGCCUCUCAACCGGCUACUCUAUGGAACGACGGCCUCUCUGCACGAGGACGUUGUUGUAAUAUCGCACACAACUUGACGUCGCCACAGGGCACACUGUUGUAAGAUUUUCUUUUCCGGGCAACUCUACACGCUUCUGUGGGACACAUGUCUCUGCAGCCUGUAUAACCCUCCUCCAGCUUUGUACACCUACACAGGCUGAACAUAUGCAACUGGAUAUUUGCUUCAUUUCUGUGUGAUUUUGAAAAUUUACUAAGCAGAUGCAAUUUUUUUUUUUUUUUUUUUUUUUU